CCUGUUAUUUUCCCUGUUCUUUUCCCUGUUUUCCCUAUUGUUAUCCCAGUUUUCCUUGUUUUUUCCCUGUUGUUAUCUCUGUUGUUAUCCCUGUUUACCCUGUUGUUAUCCUGGUUUUCCCUGUUGUUUUCCUUGUUCUUUUCUCUGUUCUUUUCCCUAUUUUCCCUGUUGUUAUCCCAGUUUUCCCUGUUUUCCCAGGUGACCUCCUGAUCCUGCUGGCCCAGGCCAUCGUGUCCAUCCAGAUGGUGCUGGAGGAGAAAUUCAUCUUCAGCCACGACGUGCACCCGCUGCGCGCCGUGGGCACCGAAGGUCUUUUCGGCUUCUCCAUCCUGGCGCUGCUGCUGGUGCCGCUGUCCUUCAUCCCGGCGGGGCGGCUCUCGGGGAACCCCCGCGGCGUCCUGGAG